CGCCGCCGGACCGGCCUGCUCCUGGCGUGCUGGCUUUUUCACGGAGCCAGCGCCGGGCCCUCACACGGCCCUGUGGCCGAGCGGCUCGGGGCGCGGACGGCCCCUCUCAGUCCCCGGAUGCUGGGGCUGUGACGCUGCCGUAAUCGCAUGUGGGCCCCGGGGCUGGCCGGGCCUUCCCUGCCCCCGGGUCCCGGCCCUGCCGCCCAUGCCUCGGAGGGAGCCGCUCGCAGGGGUGGCUACCAAAUGGCUCUCCUGAAUAGACAAAUUGGUUUAUCUUUAACCCAUCUAAGUAGUGCUGUGAUCCAACGACAGUUCAGCAUCACUGGAGCAUGUCGAGCAAUACAGAAACUAACCCGCGUGCGAGUGGUGGACAACAGCACCUUGGGGAACACACCAUACCACCGGCCACCAAAAUGUAUCCACGUGUAUAACAAGACUGGCGUUGGCAAAGUUGGAGAUAAGAUCCUUCUGGCUAUCAAAGGAGAAAAGAAGAAGGCUUUAAUUGUAGGGCACAAGAUGCCUGGCCCCACCAUGACGCCUAGAUUUGAUUCCAACAAUGUGGUACUCAUAGAAGAUAAUGGAAAUCCAAUAGGGACUAGAAUAAGAACACCAAUACCCUAUACACUGCGAAGAAGAGAAGGCGAGUUCUCCAAAGUAUUGGCUAUUGCCCGCAACUUUGUGUAAAUGCUAAGAGAGGUCUUCAGCAAUCCUUUUAUAUCCUUUCAUGCAGUAGCUGUUCCUUGGUCCUUUUCCAGAAACUGGUGAAACAUGAAAAAGCUGAUGUUCAUCAAGAAUAUUUCCUCCUUUUAAGAAUUUCAAGCGACUAAUUUAAAUAUUGAAAUAGUUUAUUUUUCUCCAAAAGAAGGUUGAUUUAUUUCACAGAACACCUGCAGUAUGUUUGGUAAACAGUCCUUCACCCUUAUUCCUCCUGUGGUGUUAUUCUGGUCUGUCAUCAUUAAAAUGAGAACAUGAAAAUC